GUCGACUCUUCUUUAUCCGCCUUGGUUUGGUUUGUGUUGUUGGUGUUAUCUGAAAAGAGCGAAAUUAAAGUCCUAUUAAAUUUAAUUUUGAUUGCGCAUUAUUAAGUAUUUUAUUCAAAAUUUGUCUACUGGCACGCACAGACCUACCAGAAUUGGGAAGAUUCAGCCAUGCCAUGAUAAAUGAACUGAAAACCCUGUGUACACAGAUCAUUAAGCGCUGCUAUUGUACUGCGGAAUAGCACUGCAGGGAAGUCUUGAGAUUCAGCCGGCCCUAUGUACACCGGGGGCUCAAAGUGACUUCAGCUCUCCCUUUUCCAUUUCAAUUAGAAGUGGGCAGCAAUACUUUGCCAAGUCCUCACGUGUCUGCAUAUUACAAGAUCAAACUUAUCCUUGAGCUUCAAAGAAAGAGUGCGGAUGUAUUUGUCAGAAGAAGUAUGAUUCCACCUCUUCUUUUUUGCCUCAUUUUGCCUUAAUACUACCAAGCUAUGACCAGGGAGCAGUCGUGAUAGAGCCAAGCUCAAAGGAAAUCAAAGCAUGAGAUAAUUAAAUUGUAAUGUUUCAUAGGCUGUGACCAAGCUCCAGAAUAAAUAUAUGCAGUGCUAACAAUUCAUGGCGACCAUUCUUCAACUUUAGUAGGUGAUCACCAAGCUCCAUACCUCUAACUUCAACCCAGAAACAGCCCUCCUUGUCAGCCUUAAAGAUAGGCAAUCUUUAAGCAUGGAUCAAACAGAUCGAUGGCUGAAUUGUACUGCUAUUUCGACAUCUUCUAUCACUAACCCAGUCAUGACCACUCUGAAACCUGUAACCAGUGUAUUUUUCCAUUCGCAAAAGGAAAUCAUGAAAUUUCCUCCCAACAAUAUCUCUGAAUCUUUCUUGUCAGCUGAAUCUCAACCUGAGUUAAGGAUUCCAUGCUCUAGUGUCUCUAACUGUAGCAAUGCAGUUCAAUCUAGUGAUCUCAGAAGGGUGAGGAGAACUUUUAGAAAUCCAUUUUCUAAGUAUGUUUCAGUAUCAUGUGACAAGAAUGUAUCAAAAACUCAGUCUAGCAGGGAGUUUUUUGGUACUUCUGUCAACGUACUCUGUUGUAAGACAGGCCAGAGCAAAAACUUUAAGUACUCCUAUAAAUUGAACACCUCAAAUAACUUGUAUAAGUUUAAGUCCAUAAGGUUAAGUCUUAAUCAUCCAUUUUUUCCCAAGAAUUUAAGUAGAAAAAAGCAUUACAUGAUUACCAACUCGAAAAUUCAAAAGAAAACAUCUAAUCUGUCCUUUGGUACAACUAAAUGCCCAGUAGACAGUGAGUCAAUCUUGUCUGAUAGUUUGAAUUGUAACUAUUCUGGUGGUUUUCCCCAAAUUCUUGAGGCUGAUUCAUUGAUUACCACAGUAGAGCAUAAUGAUAGAAAGUCACUUAAACCUGAAAUUUACCGCAAGUCUUCAAUUAGGUGUGAAAGUAGGUUAUACAAAAUACGAAUUGAUGUUCAAGGUGGUGGCAUAACGUACCCAAGAACCUGUGAGAAAUGCAAAGCAAUUUUCCUCAGUCAAGCUUCAUACUCGGCUCAUAUUGAAAAGAAGCGCUGUGAACUACGAAUCAGUCAGACGCAGAAAAGUUUGGAGGCAAAUCCAGAUGAUUCCAUACUUUUUGUAAAAGACAUUGACAAGUAUUUCCCACGUAGCAUUGGAGUUAAGUAUCCAAGAACAUGUCAUAAGUGCAAGGCAACUUACUCGCACAAGACAUCAUAUUUUAGGCAUCUAAAGACUAAACGAUGCGAUCAAAUUAUCUACCAAAAAAAGAUUGCAGAAAAUCCAAAUUAUGCGCUCGAAAAUCCAGAACCAGAGAUUUUAGACAAACGUCCAGAUUUAUUUGUCUGCCCCGAUUGCAAUACUGCUUAUGUAAGUACACGAUCACUCAGAAAACACCGGAAAAAAACGUGCAAAAAUCGCAAAGUCUCUUUCAUUCCUUGUGUUCACCCCGGGUGUGAGAUCAAUUUCCAUCUUCAGCUUUCCAUGAUACGCCACUUAGCAGAUGCGCAUGGUGUGGAUUUGCAAAUUCAAAGGAAAAACUUCGCCAACUAUGAUCAUUUUCUGGAAUGGAAAAAGUUUGAGGAAAGACGCACCUUCACCAUGCUAACAAAGAGGAGAGGAGAUUAUAUACAAGCUGGAAAAAAAUCUCAAUAUUACAGUUGCAUGUUCAACGUCCAAGAAAGGAAAACCUUGCCAGACCGCAAAUAUAAACAUGCACACAGCAAAGGCAAUCUUGUGAACACUUACUGCCCAGCAAGAGUGGACACUCUAGAAGGGCCAGAUGGUGUGGAAGUCACUUACUAUUCGUACCAUAACCACGAACUGAACCCUGAAAAUCUGAGGUAUUGCAAAUGGAACGAUGAGACAAAAGACUUGAUCAGUAAGAUGAUUGAAAAUAAAGUCCCUGUGAGUAAAAUUAAAGAAGAAUUGUCCUCUAAUACUAUGAACUCUGACAUCCCCGUCCCUCUGAAGGAACAUUAUAUAACAGCUCGUCAAAUCUACAGGCUGAAAUAUGAUCUAUCAGCAAAAAUGAAGAUAAAUAAAAAAGAUGCUUUAUCAGUUCAGCUUUUGGUGAAUGAAUUAGUCGCAGAUAAGCCAGAUUCUAUUUUAGUGUUUAAACCGCAGGGUAAACCAGUGGAAUUAGGAGAAGUUCCUAAAGAACAGCUGUCUGCUCCAUAUUUGUUUGUAUUAGGAAUUCAACAGGAAAGGCAAAGAGUUGAAUUGAUCAACAGUUGUAGGAAAGUUCUUUGCAUCAACAUUGAACAUUUUCCAAAAAUGUACAAUUUUUCGCUCAUGAGUUUUUUCAUCCAGGAUGAGUUUAGUGAAGGAUAUCCUAUCGCACAUUUUAUCACAAAUCGACUUGAUUCCAACACACUCACUUCUCUUUUCAGCAUUUUUAAGGCCAAUAAUCCUUACUUCGAACUAAAUGCUUUCAUGACCGAGGAUAACCAUAUUUUGUAUGAUGCUUUCUUACAAGUCUUCGAUCGAAAACCAAUUCAUUUACUGUGCAAGAUGGAUGUGAAUGCAUCCUUCUUGAAGCAAUUGAACGAAAAAGUCGAAAAUUCUGAGCUUGUAGCAGAAAUGCACUCCAGUCUCAUGGCUGCAUUGGAAGAAAACGAUAUAGAAACUUUCAAAACGAUGUUAUCCAGUUUUCUAAGUAAGUAUGAAGAAAUCAGCCCAAAUUUCUGCAAGCACUUCUCUUCCCGCUAUGCAAAGAAAGCUGAGUCAUGGGCCAUGUGCUUUCGGAACCUUCCCUAUGCAGCUGCAGAUAGUUCGGAAUUUUGCAAAGUCUUCCGCAGAAAAAUAAAAUUUGCAUAUAGACUCCAAAAAGCUAACAGGCGAAUGGAUGAUUUCAUCAAUGUAAUUCUGAAAACGGACAGGUUUUUCCAUCUAGCAGUAAUAUAUAAGAGAUCCACAAAUGAAGUGCCGCACAUUGAAGGAAUCGAAUCGCUUAGUCGACACGCAGAAGGAUUACUCAUACCAGAUGAAAGUGUUACUGCCGUCACAGUAUCAAAAUCAAAAUUUAAAGUGAAGUCGGACGAUAAAGAAGACUCUUAUUACACUGUAUCAGUGUUACUUGAUAAAUGUAGUGUACCAACAGCCUGUUACAUUCAGUGCCACAAGUCCUCGUGUCAUCCUCUCUGCUGUCAUAUGUAUUCUUGCAAUUGUCCCGACCAAAAUUCACUCUGUAAGCACAUACACAAAGUUCAUUCUUUGAAUAAGCAAAACCCAAACCAGCCAAAAUCUGACAAACUCAAUGAAUCAGACGAAUCGGACUGCGAAUUGGAUUUCAGCACAGUGCUUAAAAAAGCAGCUGUCCCACCUCCGGAAAUGACCGAAGAACAAAGGCUCUUAGCGGUAGCGAAGAAAGCCGUGAGAGAACUGGAAACUCGUUUAGCAAAUCCCAAGUCUGCCCCAUUGUCACAUCAUAUAAACAUAACCUUGAGCUCUCUUGCAUCAGAAUGUGAUAGGCUGAUUCACCGCCCAGAAAUGCCAAAAGUGGUAAAAAUGCCUACUCCUGUAAUCCUCAAAGAGCCUACUGUUGUAAUCGUUAAAGAGCCUACUCCUGUAACUGUCAAAGAGCCCAACGCCAAAACCGUUCAAGACAACUCCUGUCCUCCACCCUCAAUCCCAAGUUACCAUCACAUUGAUCAUGCUUACACGGACCUCACCGGAAAUAAAAGAAGCUCAAAAGCAGAUCCGCCACAAUCCAGCCCAGUACCGAAGAAAACUAUCAAGUUGGAUAAUGUUGCUAAACCUCAGCCUGCCAAGGUCAAGCAAAUUAGGAUACCUUUAAAAUGUUACACCCAACUUGAUACUGUAAAAAAUUUUUCAGGGUCUUUGAAACUCUCGGAUUCUUUGUUUAAAACACUGUUCAAAUUAGGUCCAUACAAUGUUAAGUUGUACCAUCUAAAAUCAUUAGAUCCUGAUAUUCCGGAUGAGGACUUGGAGCGGAUCCAAAUAGAAGUGCCUGGUUUUAAGAAAGGAUGGUUAUACGACUGUGUUAUCUAUACUUUUCUUACGAAAAUUGCUCAGCCUCACAUAUCUGUGAAAGUCAUCGACCCCUGCGUAAGUCAGCUUGUGUUGCGCUCAAAUGGAGAGCCGGUACCAAUAGAAUCAGUAGCACAUUUUGAUAGAAUCCUCAUUCCAUGCAACCCUGAUGAGAGCCAUUGGCUACUGGUCGUUGUUUAUCCUGCUGUGAAAUUGAUCCAUUUCUUUGACCCGCAGAGCACUAUUGUUGAGCCGGAAUAUCAUAAAUUUAUCGGCUUUUGGGCAAAGACUAUAUCAAAGGCCUCAGGUAUUCCAUUGAAAGAGUGGCAGAUGAAGUCGCCAAAACAUACUAAACAAACUGAUAAUCUUAACUGCGGUGUUUAUGUUGCAUGGUAUGCCGACCAGAUUUUGAAAAAUAGAACGACAUUCACUUCAGUGGACAUUCCAAAAUUCAGACGGUACAUGUAUGAAUGUUUAAGAGUUGGUCUCGUGGAGGAGGCUUAGUGAUCAUGGCAGUUUUAAUUUUUGUUUUUAAGAAGUGAGGAUUUUGUGUAUUUUGCUACUGGAAUUCCUGAAUAUUAUUCUUUCUGCGGAAUUCAGCCUUUCUGUUGAUCAUUUAUAUUUUUUUAUAUAUUUAUGCUGGUGCACAUUGUACCUUAAUGUCUUGGAGGAAUUUUGUAGGUUUGAGCUGCAGAAUUGAUACCAUUUUUGGAGUUACAUAUUGUGUACCCAAUCUGAAAGAAAAAUAUACCAUGAUUUUAUUAUAAAAA